AUGUUAAGCUCACUACUCUCACUGCUAUUUGCCGUACCCCUUCUGGCGUCCCCGCUAGUUACUCGCCAGUUGAACACACGGCAAUACAUCAUCUACAACAAAUGCCCGGCCGCCGUCAACCUCUACAUCGCUGGCAAUCUCGAAGGAUCCCUUCCCAGUCAAGGCAAUACCACGAAAUUCCUCAGCCUUGGGGCAGGCUUCUUCUACACUGACGCAAAUGGUGGCAAUGCUAACGGUGAAGGCACAUCGCGGGCCGGCUUCUUCCCUGACGACUUCUACUACAUGGUGGUCGAUCCACAGCGCAUCAAUGUUGGAUUGCAAGUAGCGCCACGAGGCCGUCCCACAUGGCUUGGAUUCUGCGAGGCCAUCUCCUGUGGCGAGACCGGAUGCCCUUCUGCAUUCCCACAACCACCAACACGCUUCCCCGCCGUCGCUGAAACUGCACCGAUCCCUCCAUAUUAUCGCUGCCCUAUAUUAAACACCACGUUCGACAUCACGUUCUGCCCUGACGGAAGUUUCCCUAUCCAAGGCUCCACCAUCCAUCCCAACGGCAACACCAACAAGUGCCUUGACGUCCGCGGAGCUGAUUUCGCGAACGGAACCCCCGUUCAAAUCUACGACUGUAACCAAACCCCCGCACAGCGCUGGGUCUUGAACCGCGGCAGCACGAAAGUCCAACUCGCAGAAACAAACUUCUGCCUUGACGCUGGAACCUCCCCAGGAAACGGCGUAGGUCUCAAGAUCUGGCAAUGCUACGACAACCUGCCUGCGCAGCAGUGGUACUACACCGACGAUAACCGUAUUGCGCUCGAAGGACAAGGGUUGUGCACGGAUUUGACCAACGGCAUUCUGACCAACGGAAACCAGGUCCAGACUUGGCAGUGCACCGACGGAAACACGAAUCAAAUCUGGACUCUGUAA